GCAUUCAAACAGCUACCUAGCUAAUCAUAUCGCAACACCAACAACAAUAUCCAUCUACAAACUUGAAACGAGUUGCGCCAUCAGUCGAGACAUAUUGUCCGACGAGAAGUAAUCACAAAAUUGAGCGCCAAAGGAUAAAUAUAGGGAAGGCUGAGCGAAAGUCAAGAAAGCAACGGUCAAGGAGCAGAUAAUCGGAAUUGCAAGAUAACAAUGUCGGAAGAACGUCUUUGGAAAUUCAGAAAGCCGGAAUGGAUGAACAGUGCCACGGCGAAGGGUGCUGGUGUAUAUGCUGCGGGGGCUUUGUUCUCUCUCUCAUUCUUCAUCCUUCUCGAUGCGGCUCUUUGGUCCAAGUCUGCCCUCAAUGGGUCUGACCCCCCAAUUCAUAUCACAUUUAUCGAUUGGCUCCCACUCAUCUUCUCUUCUCUCGGCAUGCUCAUUAUCAACUCCAUCGAAAAGUCCCGACUCUCCGCGGACUCCUUCUCUUACAGCGGAAGUGGUGUCGCUUGGAAAGCAAGAGUAGUUUUGUUCUUAGGGUUUGCUAGUUUGGCUGGAGGAUUGGCUGGAGGUAUUACGGUGUUGGUCUUGAAGUAUGUGGUGCCUGGUGCACAAUGGCCCACUUUGGGAAUGGGCGUUGCAAAUGUAGGAGCAAAUGCUGGGGUUAUGUUGAGUUCGGUGGUCCUUUGGAUCUCGCAAAACAUCGAGGACGAGUACUCCUAUAAUCUCGCUCUUUAGGGCAACCCAUCAUGUGCGAUGGUUUUGGCAUUGAUUGAUGAGAUGUGUAAGGUUAGGAAAUGCGGAACAUGAUGGUAUGUGGGUAUGAAGAAUGAACGGACAAGGAAGGGGCAUGAUGAAGAAUGAUCAAAUGCCUUUAGAGCAUUACUUGUAGUUUAAGGGGAAUGGGAAUCUGUUAGCGAUAUAAUCUUGAAUCUCUAUCUGGUGUUUGUG